GCCGCCUCGCGCCACACGGUGCGCUCAGUAGUUUACGAGACCGAUCUGCGGGGCUGACACCGGGUGUUGUUCCCCUGCCAAUAUUAUCUUCCUCUUCAUCAGAUAGAAGCAGAUUAAGCUUCCCCGACUUGUCGCUUGUUCCGCGUUAGAUUAUAAUCCAAAAGGCAUAUAAAAGUGGAUUGUGGAUAUACUUUAUUUACAUUAACUUCGGCUAAAGUGUUGUAUUCCAAAAUGGAAUGCAUCGAAAGAACAGUAAGGUCAGCUAUCUGAGAGGACUGACCAGGAUUAGCUAACUCUAUUUCUCAAAACGGAGAAGCCUUUUGGAUUUAUGCGUCUGUUUGCAGCUAUUACUCCGCGCGAAGUGCCCCGGACACCUGCAGACGACUUGACCAAAACGGUCUGCUUCUACGCACUUCCCUACUGAAUAAAAAAGCGCUCAGAAGCGCUUCAUAACCCGAAUCAAUCUGUUUCGAAGUUAUCUGAACAGUUAUCAAUGGUACCUUCACACAGACGAUCCAUUUGUGGCCCUUGGCUGUUCAGAUUUGUAAAUCUCGGACUGCAACGACUAGGAUAUGGACAAUCAGUUGACACCGACACGGGACAUCUAGAUAGUGGCAGGGUCACCGUUGGCAUUUAAAUGGUGUCAACAUCAACUGAAAAGUUUCAAAGUUCAACUAAACCUCGAUAGAUGCCAGUCAUCUCUUCACCAUCUUCGGUGCCUGGAUUGUAAGCGCUGAAACGGGAGAGAGCGGUGCCUCCAGCCCGCCCCUGUCCAAAGUCAAACGCACAUAUUCAGCGCAGUCCAUUCUUCAUUGCACUGACUCACCAUGGGCACUGUACUAUCCCUGUCGCCUUCGUCCAGGAAAAACGGCUACUACGACAACCGUCCCGGUUCGCUCAACCACUACCCGAGCCUGAGUAGCCGUUCGCUCAACACCCAGAAGGACCGCGGCCUGAAACGGGGCCAGUCCUUCUUCCUGCCAGCUCUCACCUGGAAGCGACUGGUGGCCUCCACAAAGAAACGUGGGGUCUCCAAGAAAUGUCCCGUGGGUCCGGAGUCGCUCGGGGACCCACUCAACAACAACAACAACCUCUACCAGAAGGAUCCGGUCCUACACCUGAACCGAGAGAAUGUCAAGAAGUCCCUGUCGUGCGCCAACCUGUCCAGCUACGACGUGCCGGGCGGGCCGGGCCUGGGCAUCGGCUUCGGCCAGGGACUCUACGGUUACAAUGUGGGCGUGAGGAGCCAGCAGCUCUCCUCCGUCAAGAAGGCACCGCCCCAGGGAACGGGCGCCGCGUCCCCCAAGCGUGUCAUCGUCCAGGCGUCCACCAGCGAGCUCCUCCGCUGCCUGGGCGAGUUCCUCUGUGGCCGCUGCUACCGGCUGAAGCAUCUCUCCCCGGCCGACCCGGUGCUGUGGCUGCGCGCGGUGGACCGCUCCCUGCUGCUCCAGGGCUGGCAGGACCAGGCCUUCGUCACGCCGGCCAACGUGGUGUUCGUCUACAUGCUGUGCCGGGACGUGGUGGAUGGCGACCUGGUGUCGUCGGAACACGAGCUGCAGGCCACAUUGCUCACCUGCCUCUACCUGUCCUACUCGUACAUGGGCAACGAGAUCUCGUACCCGCUGAAGCCCUUCCUGGUGGAGGCUGGCAAGGAGGCCUUCUGGGACCGGUGCCUGGCCAUCAUCGACACCACCAGCGGCAAGAUGCUGCGGAUCAACGCCGACCCGCACUUCUUCACGCAGGUGUUUGCCGAGCUGAAGAGCGAGGGAGGCUGCGGCCCGCAGGACUACAACCGCGUUCUGGACCGGUGAGAGGAGGCGCAGAGGGAGAACACCCCUCCUUUUUCCCGUCCCUUGUUCUUCUCCCUCCACCUCUCUGACAGACAUUUCUAACCCCGCCCCCAUUAUUUACAUCCAACAAUGUAAAAAGGGGUGGGAUGUGGGGUCUCCAACGCUGCCCUGUCAUGGCGGUGGUUUGUACGGUGGCUGAAAAGGAUCAAUCCAUUAACCACUUGUCCCACCCCUCCCCUCAUCCCACGUUGUGUUAUGGUAUAUUCCUAGACCCAGCCCUGAGCCAAUGACACGGCAUGUGUCGACAAUGGGUUGUUCUCAACACGAACCCUGUCUAUUCUGCAGAACAUUUGCCUGAUUUUACUUGAAUGGUGGAGCCUGUCAUUCCUGACCCGGCACCCACCUCUUGACCCCACCCCCCGCAUCUCAAUUGUCACUACAGGUGGGGAACAAAAACUCAGCUGUCCUGAAUCUAUGACACUCCCCCCCCGUCUACCUAAGUCUGGGAUUCGUACUUGGAUCCAAUAAUGUUGUCACAGCCGUUUUAUCAUCACAACAAGAUAGAGAACUGGGUGGUGAGAUGGUUCAGAUGGACAUUGAUUGGUUGCGCCAGAGUUAAACCAACAACAUUGUUCCAUAGAAUGUCCCGUUGACAUUUUGUCUGCCUUCAGACGGACAUUAUUGUGUCGUAAAUCCCUUCGGUCAGCAACGGGGAUGGAGAGGGAGCAGCUGAAGCCCAUGUGUCAUUCUGAGGACCCUCCUGCCGUGGGCUCAGUCACCCAGAAAACAAAACAAAUGCUUUUGUUUUUGCUGGGGGCCUUUUGACGUCCCAGGGGCCGAGGGCCCGCUGACCGCUGGGAACAGCCACUGCGCCCUAAAUGCCUGACCCUAACCCUGAAUCCCAGGCAGAAGUAGCGCAGGACCGUCCAUGUCUCUCUGGGUGUGCUGUCAUCCAAGGUGAAAUCGGAGUCUGUCACUGUUUUCAUGUGUUGUGUGGUGGGCAUGAGCCCGGGUCAGGGGUGAUCAGCUGUUGACCCCGCCAGCCCAUUGUCUCCUGGCUGUCGUCGGGGCGACUGUCGUCAGGGCGGCUGCCCGCUGUUGCUGUGGCAUUAGUGAGAUUAGGAGAUUAGCCCCGCCCUCGUUCUCACUCAAGCCCCUCCCCCCCCAUCCGCUUCUGUCCUGCUGGGCGAUGCAGCUCUGGAGGUGCAGUCACUGGCUAAUCCUGGCUGGCCUGGGUUUUAUCCGCACGCACGCGCACACACACGCACACGCUCAGACACUUCAAUACCUUUCUUCACGUGCCGAGUCCCAACAAUGUGAGAGGCAGUGGAUUGGAGGAUGUUUAAAUAAGAGACACAAUUCUCCGGCAGGAGUUCAGAGGUCACUGUACAGGCCCGCGAAUAACUACAUGUCUGUAGUUGCGGUGAAGGCCAGUGGUUGUUGUUGAUAUUGACAUUGUUGUUGUUGUUGUUGCUAUCACCUUGGCAACUGUGUUCUGCCUUCAAGGGAUUUCAGCUGGCAACCUAUUUCCUGUAUAGUGCACUACUUAAUGACCACAUAGCUCCUAAAACAGUGCGCUUCGGAGGCAAGAGUGCACCAGUUGUGGACGCAGGCAUGGCUUAAUAGUUCACUUUAAUAAACCUUUGAAAUGAACCCUGGGCGUUGUCGGUUUACCCGUUGUAGUCACUGGUGUGUUAAUGUGGGUUUUCCGCAGAUGUGCAGAGGUUUAUAUUUCUCUUGUGCAGAAGUAUUUCACAGUUUACACUUCAAACGUCCUUUUAUCUGUGUUGCCAAGGCUGUGAAACCUGUACACAGUGACCGACACUUUUGCCUCUUAGUCGUGAUUUCGAACCAGUUUUAUUUUGCUAAGCUGAAUGGGCGGCUGUGGAUGAGAGAGUCUGGAUUCUCUUCCUCCGAGCGGGCCGUGACAGACGGUUGACCCGCUAAUGAGCCAAACCACCACGUCUUUGGUGUGAGAGUCCGUCUGUAGUUCCGAAACACCUCAGGUGAGACAGCCUGUCUCCCGCACAGCACCCUGGGUAAGAUUCCUUAUUACCCCUAUGACCUCUUUGACCCCCAUGAUCUCUACUGGGCCUAUGAGCCCAAAGAGUUUUACUGGUUGUUAUGGGACCAAGGUUACUGAGCUAUUGGUCACUACUUUUAUAAGAGGGGAGCAUAUAAUCCAGAUCAGGUUCAUCCUCAUUCCACUGCCUGAAUGCUGUCACACACUUAGGGAAUGUGGACAUGCUGUACUGGACUGCCAACACACACAGAUUAACUCACACUACCUGUCUCAUCACACAUGCGUACACACACACGCAAUCACAAACACACACAAGUACACACUCAUGCGCCCAACGCUGGUAAUCCAAAGUUAAUUCCUCCGCCCAAGCAAAUAUAGCGAGUGGCUGAGGGAUGAAAACAUGGAAGAAUAAGUAAACAGCGAUGGUUCAAAAUCCAGUGGGAUUUGCUGUUGCAUUUCCUCUCUCCUCCCUGCCUGGUGGGCACAUUCCAAUCCUCACAACAGCUUGGAGGUCUCCAAGGACCAAAAGCCCAUUUACCCACUCCUCCAGCUCAGCUCUGAGCUCAGAUUGGCUCAGUGGUUCCUGUUGGCACAGGGAUCAAAGUUAGGGGUUAGGGUCAUGCCCAGGGUUUAGGGUCAGGGAUUUGGGUCGGGCCUAGGCCCAGGGGUUAGGGUCAGACCCAGGGCCUGACAGCUGAGAGCGGUGCGGGUCGAGCCUGGCUUGGAUGUCUCAUAACUGGAGACCACUGUCUCAGUUUCAGCAGCCUUGUUCAGUGGCCCUCCCAGGGGUCGUCUUUGUGUUGGUUCUGUGGACUGUUCUGGUUGGUGAUGAGGAUCGCGUGGUUGUUUUCGUGUCGAGGUAGUUUGACCUGCACCACGAGGCUCCGGGUCGAGUCCCACACUCCUCUUGUGUGACAUCACCAAAAUUCUCUUGAACGAAAAUGUGAUGUUUUCAUGUCGGGGUAGGACCCCAGGUUCCCAUCCGAACAUGAUUUGAGUGCGGCGUUACAGGAUUUUAACCAGAGGAUACAUAGCAGGUCUCACUACUGAUCUCAGCAGGAGAUAGACCUCUCGUUAAGCUAUGGCCCAUCGGACCAGUUAUGUCGUGGAUCUCUGGGGGAUGGCUGGCCCAUUCGGCAUCAGAACCACACCUCACUGAUUGGCAGUGUCUGAAUCAGAUAAUGGAGGGAGUCUUUACAGAGACUAGUGUUGAAUUCCAUGUUGUUUUAAUGUGACCUCCACCAAGACCCCAUGACCCCCCCCCCC